AUGGCACCGGAGGCUCCAGACCCCCAGAGCCUCAAGUCAUGGGCUGACGCCUUCCAAUAUCCGAUCCCGACGGUUCGCCGGGUGGAGCAGGAACUGCGCCGGGAUAUCGCCAGCAAUAAGGAGAAGCUCCGAGCUCUCGUGGGUACACGGUAUCGAGAACUUGUUGGAACAGCCGAAACCAUUGUGACUAUGAAUACGGAGAUACAAGAGGUCGAAACGAUUUUGGCCGAUCUUGGACGUCGAUGCAACCCCCGAUUGAUGGAGAAGAAGCAUAUCUAUGCCCGGCAAAUGAAGAGCGACACAGCUGAUAAAGAUACGGACAAGCAUCAAUUUGGGGCGCAAUUGGCUCUCCUUCACCGUUGCACAACAUCUAUCUCACGACUCCUCCGGAAACGAGCCUCGCUACUGCUUGUCGCUAAAAUUCUUGUCGUUUCCCGGGUACUACAAAGUACUCUUUCGAAGCACGAAUCGACACCGCCGUUCUUCGAUGAUCUACGCAACCAACUUGCGUCUCUCCACCACACCCUCUUAAAACGGAUCAAUAAACGACUUGCAUCCACAAAGGCCACGGAGGAAACAAUCAUAGAAGCAUUGGCCGCUCACUGCAUCGCUACCAGCUCUUCUUCCGACGACGCCAUCCACCAUUUCCAACAGACGCGCUUAGACGUGAUUACCAGUCAGCUAGAUUUGUCGCGCGAAAAUAUCCCGAAGGCCCUGGGUCUCUUCAUCCGUACACUACAAACAUCGAAAACCUUGCGAUCACGACAAUUCCCUGAUGUGCUGUCUAAGCUUAAGGCUAGACCGAUUCUGUCAGAUCCAGAGAUCCGCGGCUUAGAAGGGUUGGAAAUCGAAGUGCUAGGUCGUUGGGCAGCUCCGGAGGUCAAUAACUUCACUCCCUGGAUUACGAUGAGCGAGUUGAGCCGAAGUGAAGGCGUGGAAUCGAUCAAAAAAUGGUCCCUACAAGCUUUUGGACGAUUCUCCGAAUGCUGCGACAAAAGCCUGGCGCACAGUAACGACUUCUCUGAACUGCUAUCGUUACGCGCUGAAACCCUUGAACUUUGGCUAUCCUCCUGGGGCUCAACAGUCACACAUAGGUCCGUCGAUGUACUGGAACGUCUGCGCAACAUCUUUAACGAACACCUCAAACGAGUCCUGACAUCGCAAGUCCAAACCAUUGAUGACAUCAGAACUCAAAUUUCAUCCACUGUUUCCAGCUGGGAUGCAGCAGAACAUGUUCCUAUUGGAUCUCUUUGGGGCUCUGAUUUGAUAUCCUCGGAUUACUCAAACGGCGCAGCUGUAUUCAAACAGGUUGUGUCAGACCGACUCCUCGGGCGGGAUGACGAUGUCUCUGCUGUCCUGAAAAAAUACCAAAUAUGGCUUUCAAAUAUCGAAGAAAGAAAUGAAUCCAUAGCCUCCCUACGGCGCCUGAAAUGGACUGAUAUUCUCGUUGGCGGAGAGAUAGAAGAUGAAGAUAUCGAUAUCACGCCCCGUCUCAACGACGAAGACCCCAAAGUCUUGUCCGAUGCUCUUCAUGUAGCUGUCAGACAAGCUUUGGACACGCUCCAAAUAUCGUUUACCGACGCCUUCAAGGCCUUCGGAAGCACCCAGCAAAGCGCAAAAGCCACGUUCCUUCUUCGACUUAUUCGACUUGUACGCCGAGAGAUUCCUACUGGCUUUGUCACCAACGAUUUCCUGUUUUCUAGUGGUGUUGUACCAGACCUACAAAAACUGCUUGCGGCUGAUAUUGUUACACAAAUUGGGUCAUUAUCUCUUGUGCCUUUGUCAAGGACACUACCCGAUUCUGAUAAAUUGAAACCUGUGCCUGGUCGUUCAUUAUGGGAAGGUGAACCUGCUGUACCGAUACAGCCGUCUCCUAGUGCAUUCAAGUUUUUGCGCCACCUCACUGCCACUAUGGAUGAGAACGGAUCUGAUUUGUGGGAUCCAUCAACUGUGAAGGUUCUGAAGGCUGAGCUGCAGAAGCGGUUAGAGAUUUCUAUUGAGUCUACGCUUGAGGACAUGGGAACAUGGAACACCCAAAAGAGCCUUCCGAUUACCACCGAAAAGAGCGAGGAAACCCCCGACGGCGAUGCCAAAGAAGAUGAGUCGGCGGAUCACAAAACCGACGAUGAUAAAUCUCACAAUAAUACCCUUCUCGACUGGAAAAUCCAACUCCUUUUCGAUGCUAUCUACCUAGCAAACAUGCUAGGUGGCCCGACCCAGCUGGCUGGUGUUGCGGAAAGUAUUCAAAAGAGUGCGGAGCCAAGUAUCGACGCUGUCAAGAUAAUCCAGAAGGGUGCAGCUGAGUACUGGAAACGGACGGAGCUGCUCUUCGGUCUGUUGGCCGAUCGGUAG